UUCUAAGAAGGAUUCCAGGGGACACAGGCUUGAGAAGCAGUGAGCUCCAGGACAAGGAGAGUUCAGUGGACAGAGAGGGAGAAGUGCGGGUGGAUAGGCAGAGGUGACAGCAUGUGAGGACAAAGGCGCCAUCGUGGAAAGGACCUUGUGUGUCCCGGGGACUACCAGAGGCUGGUGGGGUACAGGUGUGGGAACAGGAGUGAGAGGCAGCUGCAGGAAGACACAGGCUGAUAUCCAGACCCGAGGAGGCUGAUUGUAAGAGUGACGGUGAUUGGAAGGAACAGGACACCGCAGGGCUUCCAAGUUACUGUUUCAGGAUUCUCAAAUUCACAAGUAUUUGAUCUAGGAGACAAUGAAGCGCAACAACGUCAAACUAAACGUGGCCAAAGUCAACAGCACUAGGUCAAGCAGCACCAAGGCCAGGGAUUUAUUGCACAAAAUGUCGAUCUUACCAGACUGGCAUACUCUGUACCCCAGCACCCAGAAGAUGACAUACUCCCGCCCCCACUCCUCACCCUGCAGAACGCAUUCAAGGACUGCCUUCCAAGAUGUGUGCAGACCCUCUUCGUCAGCCACAGCUAUUGCCAACCCAAUACUGUCCUCGUUAGAUGUUGAACGGAUUCUGUCUCAAAGGAUUUCCUGCAAAAGGGAUGAAAUAAAAAAAGUCUUCCAGGUACUCGACCCGACCCACAGCCAGGCGGUGACGAAGGGGGACCUGAAGCGCGUCAUCACGGCCUUCCUCCUGCCGCUCACGAGAGAGCAGUUCCAGGACUUGCUGGCUCAGCUCCCACUCACCAGCUCGGGGAACGUGCCGUACCUCGAAUUCCUGUCCAGGUUUGGUGGAAUUGAUCUAAAUAUAAAUGUUAUAAGGAGGGGCAAUGGGAACGAGCUAGAUCACAACCGGACACUCAAAGAACUUGAAACCCAACUCGCCGACAAGAUCUUCCGAAACAUGAGGACCAUAAAGAAGGCCUUCCAGCUCAUCGAUGUCAACAACACAGGCAUGAUGCAGUCCCAGGAGCUGAGACGGAUCCUGGAAACAUUCUGCUUGAAGAUGAGGGAUGAGGAGUACAAGAUGCUCUUGAAACAGUACAGCCUGGACGGCAGUGCCACGGUGGACUACAACACCUUCCUGAAGAACCUCAGUGUAAGCAACGACACGAACUUCAGAUACCUACUGUCCAAUCCAGAGCUCUCAAGGGAGAGUCAACAAGCCAAAAAUGCCAGGAGGGAACGGUUGUUCAACUCCGUGUCAUCUGAAGAUGUCUGGAAGAACUACUCCUUAGAUGACCUGGAAAAGACCUUUUGUCAAGAGCUUUCAAAGUGUUAUGAAAAGAUUGAAAAAGCCCUGAGCGCAGGAGACCCCUCCAAAGGUGGCUACGUCUCUCUGAAUUACCUGAAGGUUGUCCUUGACACCUUUGUAUACCGGCUACCGAGAAGGAUUUUUAUCCAGUUAAUGAAAAGAUUUGGACUUAAAACCACCACGAAAGUCAAUUGGAAGCAGUUUUUAACGACGUUUUAUGAGCGGCAGGGGUUGGACGUCAUUAAGGCAGCUCCCCUGAAGAAGAGAAGCAGCACUGACUCUAGAAACCAGUCUCGCAAGGAAAAUAUCGUCAAGAAGUUAUUCAAGUACUCGGAGGAGCGCUACACAGCCCUGAAGAAGGCCUUGUUGAUUAUCAACACGACGCCCAACGGACACAUAAGUUGGGAAGAACUGCGACACAUUCUGAACUGCGUGGUCGCAAAGUUAAGUGACUCAGAGUUCAAUGAACUCAAGCAGACGUUUGACCCCGAGUGCACCGGGUCCCUGAAGGUCAGCUGCCUACUGGAUGCGUUGGAUGACAGUCCUAAGGUGAGAAAAAUGUCCCCCUCUACAGACACCAAGGCACCUGUGCCUGUGGCUUGGGAUUCAGUAGAAGAAAUGCUGCGUGAUGCCAUCACCAGGAACCUCCAGACCUUUUACGGCAUGCUGCUGUCAUAUGACCUUGGGGACACAGGGACCAUAGCAAGAAAUAACUUCAAGAAAGUCAUACGCGUGUUCUGCCCGUAUCUAUCGAAUGAGCACUUUAUAAAACUCUGCAGUAAGUUUCAAGACGCAGCCUCAGGAAGGAUCCUGUACAAGAAACUUCUGUUGACCAUCGGGGUCAAUGUCCCACCAACCACCUCUCCACCUUCUGUUCCGAAGGAUCAGCCCAACGAACAGUUGCAAAAAGAGGAGCACAUCCCACCAGAGCUUCCCGAGAGAACCCAACCCACGAGGGACAAAAUCAUAGAGGCCAAGAUGAUGACCAAGGAAGAAGUCAUCGACAGACUCAAGCUCUGUAUCCAGCAGCAGGACCCGGUGUUCAAAAAGCAGUUUCUUAGCAUCAGCAAGGAGCCCGAUACAAAGAUCGGCCUGGAGGGCUUCCGGAAGGUCCUGGAGGAAAUCGGGUUGCCUAUGAAUGACAGCCAGUUUGCGCAGCUGACCGCCAAGAUAGGCUACAAGAAAGAAGGAAUGAGCUACCAGGACUUCACCUCAGGAUUUGAAGACACUAAGCUGAGUGGACUGGAAACUGCCUCACUGCAGCCACGCACUACCUCAAAAACAAAGGUGGAUGACCACUUCAUAUCCGCGGAAGAAUGCCUGAGACUCUUCCCCAAGAAGCAGAAGGAGUUGUUCUCGGACCCCUACUCUGCCUUCUUUAAAAUAGACACUGACAGGGAUGGCAUAAUCAACAUGCAUGAUCUUCACAGAUUGCUCCAGCAGCUACAGCUCAACAUGAAGGACAGCGAGUUUGAGCGCUUCCUCUGCCUCCUGGGCUUGAGACUUAGUGUCACUCUAAACUUCCGAGAGUUUCAGAACCUCUGUGAGAACAGACCCUGGAAAGCAGACGAGGCACCUCAAAGGCAAAUUAGGUAUAAACAGAAAGUCGCAGAUUCCGAGCUAGCCUGUGAGCAGGCUCACCAGUACCUUAUCGUCAAAGCCAAAACCAGAUGGGCAGACCUAUCCAAGAAUUUCAUAGAAACAGAUAACGACGGCAAUGGCAUUCUCCGGCGAAGGGAUAUCAAGAAUGCACUGUAUGGCUUUGACAUCCCCCUCACCCCAAGGGAAUUUGAGAAGCUUUGGCAAAGCUAUGACACCGAGGGAAGGGGUUACAUCACAUACCAAGAGUUCCUGCAGAGACUUGGCAUUCGAUACUCAGCGAAGGUCCACCGGCCCUACAAGGAAGACUAUUUUAACUUCCUGGGUCAUUUCACGAAGCCCAAGCAGGUCCAGGAAGAAAUCCAGGAGCUGCAGCAGAUGACUGAAAGGGAGAAACUCCUGGGUCAUUAUGAGGAGAUCAGCAAGGCACUCAAUGUGCUAGACAAAUCCAAGACGCCUGCACCCCUCUGCAAGGUGCAGAAGGUGCUGCAAGAAUGUGGGUGUCCCCUGAAGGAGGAGGAGCUCAUCAGUCUUCUGAAGAGCUUGGGCAUCAGUGUGCACAACAGUUGCAUCCAUCCCCUCGACUUGUUGAGAGCACUUGAGAUCCACAGGACAAGCAAAGCUCAGCCGAAAGAAAAAGACGAAGGCACACCGGUCAACUUUUCCAAGCUGAACCCCGAGGAGGUGGUGAAGAACAUGCAGGCCAUUGUGGACUCCUCCCAGCCUGCUUUGGUAAAGGCCUUUUCCGCGCUGGAUAAAGAGGACACGGGGUUUGUGAAGGCUAUGGAGUUCGGAGACGUCCUGAAGAGCUUCUGUCAUAAGCUGACAGAUAACCAGUAUCACUACCUUUUGAGGAAAUUAAGACUUCACCUAACACCCAGCAUACACUGGAAAUACUUCCUGGAGAACUUCAGCUCCUUCCUGGAGGAGACUGCUGAUGAGUGGGCAGAGAACAUGCCCAAGGUCCCACCCCCCACACUUUCCAAGGAAUCGGCCAACAGAGACAUCUUGGCACGAAUGCACAAGGCGGUGGCUUCCCACUAUCACACCAUCGUCCAGGAGUUUGAGAACUUCGACACCACAAAAAACAACACCGUCUCCAGAGAUGAGUUCAGAUCUAUCUGCACCCGCCAUGUCCAGAUCCUGACGGAUGAGCAGUUUGACAGGCUGUGGAGCGAGAUGCCCGUCAACGCCAAGGGGAGGCUCAAGUACCAGGACUUCCUCAGCAGGUUCGGCACCGAGAGAGCACCCUCGCCGCCCAUGGCCGCAGGUGACUCUGGAGACUCGACCGUUGCCCAGAGGGGAAGCAGUGCCCCUGAGGUCUCCCAAGGAAGCAGAUCCACCCUCUGCUCUCCUUCUCGGGACUCCAGAUCUGCGAAAUCACGGAGUCACCCCUGUACCCCAGUGGGCACCCCACUCCUGCAGAACUGUGAGCCCAUUGAGAGCAAGCUCCGCAAGCAGAUCCAGGGCUGCUGGCGGGAGCUCCUGAAGGAAUGCAAGGAGAAGGACAUUGACAAGCAAGGGAGCGUGACCGCGACGGAGUUCCUGGCGCUCGUUGAGAAGUUCAAGCUGGACAUUAGCAAGGAGGAGAGCCAGCAGCUCGUUGUCAAGUAUGACCUGAAGGGCAACGGCAAGUUCGCCUACUGCGACUUCAUCCAGAGCUGCGUCCUCCUGCUGAAGGCCAAGGAGACCUCACUGAUGCGGAGGAUGAGGAUCCAGAAUGCGGACAAGAUGAAAGAAGCCGGUGUGGAGACUCCAUCCUUUUACUCAGCCCUGCUGCGGAUCCAGCCCAAGAUCGUUCACUGCUGGAGGCCCAUGCGGCGUACCUUCAAGGCCUACGAUGAGAACGGGACAGGGCUCCUGAGUGUGGCUGACUUCAGGAAGGUGCUUCGGCAGUACAGCAUCAACCUGUCGGAGGAGGAGUUCUUCCACGUGCUCGAGUACUAUGACAAGUCACUCUCUUCCAAGAUUUCCUACAAUGACUUCCUGCGUGCCUUCCUGCAGUAGACAUCCAGGCGGGGCUGCACUGGGGACAGAUGGGGCCUCAGGGUCUGUCCCCAAGACUAGCAAAACCAGACCAUGGAGGGCUGUAGUGAAUUCCCCAAAGCGGCUUCAGAGCCUAACCCUACCCAGCAUCAGGCUCCCGAGAUGUGCAGGCUCUCGCCCCAACCCCCUUUGGGGCUUCUCACAACAGCAGGGCGGCCGCUGGCCUCGGGCGUCCUCACUCAUUAGUUUGAGCAAAUAAAAUAGUCUUUGCAGGAAUGACUCUUGAGACUUUAAAAGAACUACUACUAAUAAAAUGUUUCAAAACUUGGGA